AUGGUACUGGGUGGGAUGAUGGUGGCGACCGUCCCUAGCUCAGCCUAGCCGUCCUAGCCUACGUUUGUCUUCUGUGGUGUUGGUGGUGUUCCGCGGUUCGCCCAGUUCGCCUUCUCGCCUGUGCUGGUGGAAAUGUGCUCAGCGAAGCUUGCUCUAUAAUGGACCGCAUGGGAGGCUUGUCGACUGGUGUCCGCAGUUCGCCACUGCCUUCGCCGACGCCCAACCACCUCGAGAAACGCAGUGCUAAAGACAAGGGAUCCAAGUUCCUGAGGCGACUGAUUCAUGUGCGACACAUGGACUUCCAGUUUGCCAUGUGGCAAAUGCUCUACCUCUUCGUUUCACCGCAGAAAGUGUACCGCAACUUUCAGUACAGAAAACAGACAAAGGACCAGUUUGCUAGGGACGAUCCUGCCUUUCUGGUGCUGCUUGGACUGUGGCUUGUUGCCUCAUCAGUGGGAUUUGUUUUGAUCCUACGCAUCAGUUUCUUGGGCUUCCUCAAGUUUCUCCUGUGGGUGAUAUUUAUUGACUGCAUUGGCAUGGGUGUCCUUGUGGCCACUGGACUGUGGCCUCCAGCCUUUGAACCUGCCUCCAGUACCGUUCCAGCAAGUGGGAAUGGAUCUUCUUGGUUCAUUGAACUAGCAUGGCUCAGGGCCAUCAGCAACAAGUAUCUGCUCAAGCCCACCUGCCGCACGGAGGAUGUCGAAUGGGGAUAUGCCUUUGAUGUGCACCUCAACGCCUUCUUUCCUCCGCUGGUGGUGUUGCACGUUUUCCAGCUUUUCUUCUCUCGUUUGCUCUCGCACCACAUCUCCCUUCUGUUUGGCAACACCCUGUGGCUGAUAGCGCUGGGAUACUACAUCUACAUCACAUUCCUUGGCUACAGUGCGCUUCCUAUCCUCAAGAAUACGCACAUUUUUCUCUAUCCACUGGCCCUCCUGUUUGUUUGCUACGUAGUGACUUUGGUGUGCAGUGUCAACCUUUGUGAAGCCCUCAAUGAUUUCUAUGCAUACAGGGUGAUGUGAAGCGGGAAUGUCUUGCCUUGCCUCAUGGCUUCAUCGUAUGUUGAGAUGCUAACUUAAAACUGUAAAAUAUUUCUCAGGUGCAGUGCUGUAUGUGUGGGCCCAACAUAUAAAUAAACAUCAUGUGAUGCACCUUUC